GCAGCGGCAACUAAGAAAAGAUUCCAUGUAACUAAACCCCCCGAGCAAACUGCUGUGAAUACCAGUCACUUGGAAGAGGGCAGUGCAAUCAGUACAGGAAUUAAAUACAAUUAUAAGAUGUUUAUUAUUGCACUAGCUGUGUUGGUAAUACUUUCAUUGCCAGGAGCAGCUGUAUGGUUUCUGUAUUACAGACUGAAGAAGAAGUAUGGAAUCAAUGAUGUAGAAAAGGCAACAGAGGAACCACAGGCUAAGCCUUCUAUAUCUGGAAUCACUACAUGGCUCAGGCUUCUUUUUGGCAAACUGAGGGAAAAGAAGCCAAUUUAUGAUGAAGAGAAGGCCAUAGAGAAAUCUCAGCCUAAGCCAACUACAUCUAAAACUACUUUGAGGAGUAAAGGCAAGAAGAAGAAGAAGACAAAGACGAAGAAGAAAAAGGCUCCUGUUAAUAAAUCUGUGGAGGAGGCAACUGUAACGCCUCUCACAAACCAAUGUACAGAGGAGCCAGUGCAAUCUGAUCAAAGCCCACAAGCACCUGAUCAGAUUACACACUCAAUGCCUAAAGAAAAUGUUGGUGUCACCAAUGUGAUAGAACAACAACAUACGGUACCACGUGGAGAGUUAUCACAGGAACACACUGUGGAAAGUGCGAAAGAAAUUUGCUCUAAAGUUAGAUAUAAGAGGGUAAUAGUCUUGACGUGGACAGAAGAGAUCAUAGAUGAUGAGGAUGAUGAAGUAUCAACUCAUCAAACUAAAGAAUGCCAGAAAGAGAUUUCUGUGGCUCUUAAACCUGACAUGAGGCAGGCAUCGGAACCACAGAAGGAACAACCCUCAACUACUUCUACUACAAAGCCUAAAACCAUUCCAGAUGGUUUAAAGUGAGUUUGCUAAACUGAAGCUAAUCUUUUCUUUUUUGCUUUUUUCAAAAAAAAUGUUUACUACAUUAAGGCAUACUUUUAAUAAGGCUAAACAGCGUCUAAAUGAUAAGUAUUGGAGUAAUUGCAGUUUUCAAACUCUCAUCUCUCAUUAUGAGACUAAAGUGGUGAUUUGUUAUGUAACUCAUCAGUACCUUUAAACUUUUUGUUUUGCUUCAGGGCAAGUAAGAAGCAAACUGUGACCCAAGAAGCAACAGAUGUAAAACAUAAAGCUGAGAAUCUAACUAAAGACAACCUGCCUGUUUUCCCUAAACACCAGGGUCUUCCUAAGCCUAGUUGGACUUCUCAGAUGUUGAAGAAUAUGAUGGUAAGACAUUUGGGAACAGAAAAGGACGUAGAUCCAGAGAUUCUAUGGAAAAGCGUUUUGAGAGGCACUGGAAAAAGGACUGGGCCGGAAAUCAACGAAAAGCUAUCUGCGAUUCCUAAACCGAGCUUGUGAGUUCUAUUCACCAAUAGUAAAUGAAAUCUAAAAGAAAUAUGGCUACACACGCAGGAGAGUAACAUGGUGAUUUGUUACAUUCAUUUUUAACAUCUUACUGUUUUGUUUCAGGGAAAAGCAGAUGCUAAAUAAGCAGUUGAAAGAACAUUUCCAGAAACAUCCAGAUCUUGGAUCAAAGUGCGCCAUUCUCACUGGCGUAGGCACUUCUGACGAGCUGCUUUUAAACCCGGAAGUGAUACCUAUUCUACCUAACCCUACACUAACCCGAACUUAUAAACCACCAAAAGAAAAGUCAUUUGUAACGAGGGAAAAGCUUCGACCGAUUAUAGAGUAAGUUGCUAAACUGACACUAACCUUUCUGAUUUCUUUUUGCACAUUACAAACAAAAAACUCCCAAACUGUCUUCCUGACACAAGAAUAUCAUCAAAUACUAUUAGUUUCUGAAUUAUAAGCAGUAUUGAAAUAACUGCAGCUGUCUAAGCAAUCUCUCAUUGUUAUUAUUAUUGCAUUAUUAAUCAAACUGUUUCGUUACAGCGAGAUGCAGGCCAGAAGUCUUCGGCAAAUGACGGAGAAGGCAAACAAGAGCCAACCUGCUAAGUCAGAGAAGGAUGAGCCCCAAGAAGAUAGACAGAACCGAAUAGAGCGAAGUCCUUCCCUAACAUUUCAUGAAAUUAUCGAUACUUUUAACAAACAAGAAAGGAAGGAAUGAAUAUUGACAUUAUUUGGAUAUUUUACAUUAUUUGGAGCUGCAACUACAAUGAAACAGGUAUCCUCAGAAUGGCUAACGCUAACAAGACAACGUUCUGUUGAUCUGAAUCCGUUAUCUGAGGAACUGUUUGUACAGAAGCUGAUACAUGGCCAAUAAUUAGAAGGACUGCCAACAAGUUCUAAUAAAAAUAAUAAAAAAAGAGGCCAAUAUACAAGUUAUACAUAGGGGAAGGGAUAUGGGUGGAUUGAUGGCCUGGCAGUUAUUGGAAAUAGGAGAGAGGGCUGGAUCCAAGAUGUGGGCCCAUGGGUCUCUAGUUACGCCCCUGCUCAGCAAAGCAACUGGCAGCAGAGAAGUUGAUGGAGUCCUAAUGUAGACCUGGGGCCAUAAAUAUACCUUGGAGGUCCACAUUUUAACCAGAGGCCUGAAGAUGGACAGUCCUGCAGAUGAACAUUAUGGACUAUUGAUGUAAAGAUGGUGCAGAACUUUGGAUCCGAUGCACCAUGGACUGACCAACAUAAGCAGAUUAAACACAUUUUAUGUAAUUUUUUAUAAAUCAAUAAAACUUUUAAAGAAAGAUAAUCUUUUUGUAAGGUGUCAUUUUUAAAAACAACACAAUUUUAUUACUUUUAUUGAAAAAUAUGCUGGGCAGAAUUAUUCAGCUUAAUAAGUACAAAAACCCAUUUUAAGCUAAUGGCACAUGGGGUGUUUAUCCAAUGGUGUAUUUUAGCUGGUGGGAAACACUGCUGUAAUCUGCGGUUGAUUAGGGCUAGGGAAAGGGUGAGUUGAGUAAGUAGAUUGGUGGUUUCUUGUAGUAACGGUGAUACAUCAUUCUAGAAUGAAUAGAGCACUAAGCAAGAGACCAUAUGUGGAGAAAUGUCCCUUCAGCUUUGUUACAUCUCUAGCAAUUUGCAGAGACCUAUAGUAACAUGUAAUGGAAUAUACUGGGUGUUUUAUACCAUCUGCAUAAUAUUUUCCUCUAAUUUUCUGUGUGGUUGGUGCAUUUGGAGUAGUAAAAGUAUAAGUUUGCUGCCUGAAGCCACUGGGGCAUCAUAAAUGGUAUAUGCAGGUCUUGUUUCUGCUUCAUGAUGUGAUUUGGUUUUUCGGCGGUGGGAUGUUUAAUAUGACCUUGUGUUUGUUUGAUAAGUCCUUUCAUUUUCCUGCUGUUCGGUAGCAGAGAAGUUUAAAGGCAGUUUGCUGUUGUGGGCCCUCUUUCAGGUAUAAGAGUAGAUGGUGAUGUAUUUAAAAAUAUUUAUAUAAGUCCUGUUUGGGUAAGAUGUAGUAAAGCUGGAGAUCUCCAAAUGCUUUUAGAAUGUUAGGGUUGAAUAGUUGCACCAUAGUUUUCAGGUUAAUAGUUUCUCAGUUUUUGGUAAGGCCAGGAGUCCUUGUUGAACACUGAUCGGUGUUUGCUUUGCGGGGAAAUUGUGGCUAUGCUUUAUAUUUGGUUCAAAAUGUACAGUGCUGUAUAGUAGUAUGAUAUAGUGUUGGAGGUGUUGGUUAAUUGGACCACAUCACCUGCUGUAAUGUGAGCAGAUGAAUCACAUCCUUUUCUCUGUGUAGCCAGUAUUUUUGGGUUGAGGGAAGGUUCCACAUCUCCAACCCACCUUUCAUGUGCUUUGCUGUAGCAAUUUACAUUUAAUCCUGGGUUUUCCCUCCCCAGGUGAAUGUAUUAAGGAUUCUUUGAGCAAGGUUGAGGAAGGAUUUGAGUAUAGUAACUAGAAGUGUUCUAAAUAGGUAAAGUAACUUUGGUAAUGACAUCAUUUUAGAUCUACUUACUUCACUGUAUGUUAUAUCAGUAACUCUCUCUUGGGCCAGUUCUAAGGCCUGUAAUUUUGUAUAAAGAGAAAAAGUUGCAGCCUUAGGAAUUCGCUUGUGGUCAAUGCUUUGGGGGGAUUGUUAUGGUUGAGCCAGCACAGCAGGGGUUAGCCUGCAGAGCUGUGCACCUAGUCAGUGGCUAGUAUGUUUUUUAAGUUGCCCAUGACAUAUCUCAUGGACAGUUCUAAGGUACCCUGCAUCCCAGAGUGCAAACUGAGCGGUGGAUCUUAUCAGUUGUUGUGUACUGAUUAACCAUCAUACAGCCCAGCUGCACGGACACAGUCCUGAAAUUUCAUUUUGGUUCCCAGGGCUUUGUUCUACCCCACAGCUAACUCCCUAAAACCCCCUUCUACAGAGCCUGGUACAACUAUGUUUGUAGGAGGGUAUAAAACCCUCCCAAUCUUUUGUGCUCUAUUCUAAAUAUGUUCUGUUCAGAAUCCACGUGCCGUGCCAAUAAACUUUGAUUCUACCCCCAGAGAUCUGUCUUUUGAAAUUCCACAACAGGAUGAAAUUCCUAAAAUUUUUGGUCUGUAGUUUGUUCUCAUCACUCUUGGUAAUAGAGCUAUGAGUUCUAUUAUACAGAAUGUUUGGGACAUUAACUGUUUGUUUGUACCAGUAACAAGAAUAUCAUUGUAAGCUCUUUUGGGCAGGGCCCUCUU